AUGGCGGAAGCUCUCCCGUCCUACACUCUCCUCAGCUACCAGGAGCGGAAGGCGUUCCAGCGACAGUGUCGACAAGUCUUCCACGCCGCAGCCGCCCGCUCAGGCGAGGAUGUCGGAUCCGCCAGAUAUGUCGCGAACGGGAUCGAGGGUCUCGCCGAGUUCUACGUGAACGAUAUUGAAGCGAGGAGGUCGGGCCUGCGGGGCGCGCCCUUUGAUGCCGACUUCGCCAGGUUCGAGCAGAAACACAACUUCCUGCAGAACAUCAUCACGGAUCUUCGGAACGAGGGCACUCUCCUCUUCGAGCGCGUGGCGCCGUACUGGCCGGAACCGACGACGACCUUCGCGGCUCCCGACCUCUACACGCUCAUUCAACCGCCCACAAAGGAGGUCGACCUGCUGAGCGUCGACCCGGACGCAGAAGAAGGCAGCGCGGCGUACUUCCUCGCCCCGCCUUCGAGUGCGCCCGCCAACGUCCUCGAACUCUCUUCCGACUCUGACGAGAUCUCGAACGGCCAGGCCGACCCAUACGCCAAGGACUUGGGCGGUUUCGAGCACGGCGACCAGGAUAUGGACGACUUCUUCGCGCGGCCGCCGGUCGUCGACGAUGUACCUCCUGCAGCCCCACCGGCGACCAACGCCUUCGACAUCGACAUUGACGAAGGACUGGAUGCAGACACCGAGGACGGCGGAACGGAGACGAGCGACUUAGGAAUCGGUACCUCCAAGAGCGGCGCGCGGCGCAAGGUUCGCAAGAUGCCGAAGACGUCCUUCGACACGCAAGUUCCCGUCGGUGCGCCGAAGGGCAAGGGGAAGGAGAGGGCCAGGGAGCGCGACCUCAAGCCUAUCGACAUCGUCGAGGACACGCCCGACGAGAGCUGCAUGCUCACGCUUAGCGGAUCGGGAUCGAAGAAGCGCAAGCGCACGGGCAAGCAGCGCUUGUUCCGCACACGCACCGCGUACAACCCUCGCCGCGCACCUCCGCCUAAGCCGCCGAACGCUUUCGACGAGGAACGACUGGCCGCGCUCUGGCCGUCGAAGAAGAAGGUCAAGCGGCCUCUGUACCGGCUCGACAACUUCGCCGUCGUCGCUUCCGCGAGCCUUCAGAAAGGGGCCAUCAAGCCGUGCUCCACCGUCAACCUCCUCAAGCAUAUGAAGAGCGUGGUUAUCGUCGGCAUGGCGUCACCUUUCGAGCCCCCACCCAGAGGCGGCGAGUCGGACAGGGAGGACGGUAAUCCGUCGCCGCGAGAAACAAGUGCGGAGGUUCACCUUUGGGGUCGUUACGACGUUCGACGCCUCGACUUCACCGCAUCCGGACUCGUCUUGCACACUCGACUUGGCCAGUUCGUCCUUCAAGAAUGGUGGACUACUCCACCAGCUCCACAAACUUGCCGCCGACGACUCUGGGGUCCAUCCGACGGGCCGAAAGCCGCCAUGUCGAGAGCGCAGUCACUGGUCGGCAAGGUCCCUUUCGGCGAGCAGGACGUCGCGCGAUUACGACGACUGAUCAACGUUUUUGCCUUCGCACGCUCGCGCUCUAUCCGCGGCGAUUAUGUCGAGCAAGACGACGAGCGCGAGGAGAAUCUUGCACGAAGGGUCGGCGAUCAGGUUCGCGACGAGCUUGCACGAUUGAAGGAGUCGAUUGUUAAGGAGAAGGAUCUCGACUGGCAGCAAACUCUGCCGUUCGCAUGGCGACUGCCCGUCCAGUCACUCGAGCUCCUGCAGAACGAGGCGGUCUUCCUCUUUCGCAAGCUGCCCGACAUCCCUUUCAUCUCGCCAGACAUCUUCCGGAUCAUCGUGGACAUGUUCUUCCCGAACGCAUUCCGGACGGAGAAUGAGCAGGCUGUUCGCCGAUCCGUCGCCAAGGAGAAGAAGCAGGACGCGCGUCUCCUUAAGCAGUAUCGCUACAUCGUCCAGCACGACCACGACAAUGUUCCCGACGACGUUGCCGAACCUGCCGGGGAGUGCGUGCUUGCGAAGCGAAACGGGAGGGAAGUCGAGGUGUUCAAGCGAGCGAUCGUGAAUGGCAGAGCGUUCCAAGCUGGCGACGUUGUCCUCAUUCGACCCGAAAAAGGUCCUCAAGACCCCUUUCAUCGACCACCAUCACCUGAAGAACUCGACAUCGAUGACUUCGAGGAGUCCGACACGGAGUCGUCGUCGACCGACGACACGCCGUCAAGCCACGAGACGUCGUCAAGCCACGAGACGUCGACCACCGACGAUGAAGACGAGGAACGGCGCUCUGCAAGCGGGACGGAAGACGUCAAGCUGUGGUUCGGCCUGAUCGUCUAUUUCCACCGCAAGCGAGCGAAGCCGCACGCGCUGGGUCCCUCGCCGCUCCAAGCCCAUAUCCUCUGGUUCGCCACUGCCUCGACCGUGCCAAGUCUCGGACCGUACCUGCCGCCUCGUCAACUCCUUACCUUGGACAGAUGCGACGACGUCGAGGCUGUCACUCUGCUCACCAAGGUCCCCUUUCAAUUCGUCAAGCCAGCGGCGGCUACGCGCAGUUCCUCGUCGAUUUGGCCCAAGACCGGAUUCUUCAGCUGGGCGCUCUACAACGACGAAGACGGCUCGUUCCGCGACAUCGACCCUACGUUCCUGGCGGUCAGCGGCGACGGAGCUCACCUCGACAAGUCGGCUAUCGACCGUUCGAAGCUCUUUCCCCAGUGCGAUCAGCAUGGACGCCCGCCAUGUCCCUCGUGCGAAACGACGUUCGAGUCGAACUACCGGACAAAUCCGGAAGGAUCACGUCGCGCGCUCCGUGCGAUUCGCAUCGACGGCGGCUUCGAGAUCGACCGCGUCCCUUACCACCCAGGCGACUUCAUCUACGUGGUGCCGGUCGAGGAUUCCGCCAGCGAUGAGGACGGCGAGGGUGACAAGCGUGGGCCAGCUGCGGAGGACCCUCGCCCAUAUCGCCUCGCUCAAAUUGUCACGAUCGUCGACAACGCCGAGGAGCCCGACGAGGUUCACGAGAUCAAAGUCACAUGGCUCACGAGGGCGAGCGAUGUGCCCGAGCGCCUUCGCCCGUCGGGAAGCUUCCUUUCGGAGCGCGAGGUAUUCUUCACGGAUGCACCGUCAUAUUCGCUCGCCACUGCCGACAUCUCGAAGAAGUUCAGUCUCGUCCAGCUGGAUAUCGCAGACGACGGCGACGCGACGCUCGAGAUCGCGCGGCUCGAAAGUUCGAGCCCUGACGCAUUCUACACCCGCUUUCGCCUCAACCGCAAACCCGGCGAGCCAGGACGCGACAAGGGCUACGGCGAGGACGGCGAGGUCUGGCCGAUCGUUGACUCGCACGGCUUCUUCUACGGCGAAUUCGGCUUCGAGGCCGUCAAACUCGAGAACGGCGCCCUGCAGACCUGCGAGACGUGCCAGACUACGUCCGACCGCAAGGCUGCCGAACGACACGCGGUUCUCCAGGCGGCGUCGCGGGCGACCCUCAAUCACCUUGCGCUGUACGCGGGCGGCGGCCUACUCGAUCGUGGCCUGGAAGAAGGCUGCCCGCUCCUUACCGUCAAGCACGCCGUCGAGAAGCACGCUCCAGCAGCCUCGUGCAUGCGCAGCAACGCGCUUCAUUCCCUUGAGACGCUCGAGACCACGGUUUCGAACGUCGCGGAGGCCGCCUUCUACGGCAUCGGCGUUGAGGGCGGCGACAUCCCGCCCAUCGGCCAAGUAUACUCGAUAGCAGGUGGCGCGCCCUGUCAGGGCUUCUCACAGGCGAAUCACCACAAGCGGAUUGACGACUUGCGCACGCUCGAGCCGUUCGUGUUCCUUUCGGAGCUCGCCAUCUAUCGUCCUCUCACGGCCAUCUUCGAGAACGUCGCGGCCUUCAGGCGUCACGCCUUGCCUCUGCCGGGCAGCCGGACCGGCUCCUACUUCCAGCUCUUCGUAGCCGGAUGCCUUUCGCUCGGCUACCAAGUUCGGUGGACUCUGGUCGACUCCGCCGGCUUCGGCGUUCCUCAGCAUCGUCGACGUCUCAUUGUGCAGCUCGCUGCAUCCGGCUUUCCGCUCCCCGACGCGCCAAACCCCACGCACGCCGUCUCGAAUUCGGUCGUCAACUUCAAUCACCGCUUGACCGAAUACGAAGCGCAGGACUUCUGGCCCGUCUUCGCCCCGCACAAGCCGGUUACGAUCGCGGCAGCCAUCGAUGACCUGCCGUCGUUCGAGACAGAGAUCCCCACCAGCGAUUACGUUCAGAGGACGUAUGGGGUCGCGUGGGGCGACAGCAAGCGUCCUGGCAGGUACAGGUCGGCACCAAAAACCUCGGCUCAGCUUCGCUUGCGCACGAUGAUCUCGCCGGACGGCGAUACCGUCACCUUCACGCGCGAGCCGACGCACCAUGUUUGCCGCUCGGUCAACAAGGUCGUGGCGGAGAGGCUCCUCGCGCUCAAGGUCAUCAAGGCUGAUGGCUCUGGUGGCAACCACCUCGACAUGAAGGGCAAAACUUGCUAUCCCUAUCCGUCGCCUUGGGUCAUCAAGCUGGGCAAGCUCGACCUUUGGUGGCGACGGCUGCUGCGCGACGCGAUCCUCUCGCCGCUUCGAACGACGUUGAACCUCGACGGGGCGUCCCAUGGCGAGCGGAUCCAUUACAACCAGGCGCGAGGCCUUUCGCUGCGCGAGCUUUUGAGGGCGCAAGGGUGCCCGGACUUCUACGAGCUCAACUUCUCGCACGCGACGGGCGACGAGUCGUUUGAGGAGGCCUUGAGGGUCAUCGGCAAUGGCGUCCCCGUUCCUCUCGCCGCCGCCUACGGCCGCGCCCUCCUCGACAAGCUGACCCCGAUCGUUCUUGAGUGGCUCGACAAGGGAGCCCAGGGCGACCUCUGGCACUCGAUCUGGCUGGACCUGGGAGGCGAGCGGUUGCGGGCGACGGCGGCGCAGAAGGGAGGUCUAUCGGCUCACUCUGACGCCGGGCAGUUUGACAAGACGUCCGUCGAGGCGGCUGGCGACAAGAAGGUCGCCGAUGACGACUGGAUGGACGUGCAGGAGGACGGCAGCGACGAUGACCUCUAUGCGGACCCGGAGCCUUCGACACCGCCGCCGUCAACGCCCAAGCCUGCCUCCAAACCCAGCUCUCAGCGUCACAAUUUCGCUCGCAAGUCCGCCGCACGAGCGUCGCCCGUUCGCGCGCUCCAGCGCACCUCGACCUCGCAGUCGUCCGGCUCGUCCUCCUCGAAUGGAUCGGGCUGGCAGUUCGCGCGCGAGGAUACGGACGAGACAAGGCUCACGUCGCUCGAGGUGGGACAGGCGGCGCAGGCACAUCAGGCGAAGCGGACGCGGACGCAGUCCCGCGAGGAGAUGAAAGACGAGCCGAAGAAGAAGGAGCCGCAGGUCAUGGACAUCGACUCGGACGACGGCCAGCAUGACGACGACGUCGUCAUCGUCUCCGACACUGACGACGAGUCGAUCGUCAGGGAGAAGGGACCGCCUGCGGUGAUCACGAUUGAGGACUCGUCGGACGAGGACGACUGA